AUGCAGCGCUCAACAGGACAGCUGCACAAAUUUGAGAAGAAACGACGUUUGACGAAAGAAUACCGAAAUUUGAUGCUGACAGCUCUUUCUGAUGACGUCACAGGGGCCGGGACUACAUUUCCCACUAAUCAAACGAGGAGAAGAAAAGGAGUGGACAGGGACGAUGAACCCGAGAAGGGCAGGAUUUGCAGCCCACAGUGACCUGAGAAGAACAGGCUUCUAUCAGUGACAGUGGUGGUCUGUGCUGUGGUGGAAAUGCUGUCAUUCAGGGAUGUGGCCAUUGAUUUCUCUUCAGGAGAGAUGGAAUGCCUGGACCCUGCACAGUGGAAUCUGUACAGGGAUGUGAUGUUAGAGAAUUACAGCCACCUUGUGUUCCUGGGCCUUUCUUUCUCUAAGCCCUCAUUGGUCAGAUUUCUGGAGAGAAACCAGGAGCUUUGGAAUGUGAAGAGAAAAGCAGCAGCUGUGCCUCUAGGAAAAAAACGCUAUAAAUGUAAAGAAUGUGGCAAAGCCUUUGCUAAGAGCUCGGUCUUUACUCAGCACCUGAGAAUUCACACGGGAGAAAAACCCUACAGGUGUGACAUUUGCGGCAAGGCCUUUUCUCUGCCCUCCAUACUUCAUAACCACCAAAAAAUUCACAGUGGAGAGAAGCCUUAUAAAUGUGAAGUAUGUGGNAAGGCCUUUCUUAUGCCCUCCACACUUACUAACCACCAGAAAAUUCACACUGGAGAGAAGCCCUUCGAGUGUGAAGUAUGUGGCAAAAAGUUUUCCAGUCCUGCAGACUUUACAACACACCGAAGAGUUCAUACCGGAGAGAAACCAUACAAGUGUGAAGAGUGUAAAAAACCCUUUAGUAAUCUUUCAGCCCUUAGUAGACACAAAGUAGUUCACACCGGAGAGAAAUGCUAUACCUGUGAGAAAUGCGGCAAAGCCUACAGCAGGGGUUAUCACCUUAGUCGGCACAGGAAAGCUCAUACUGGACAGAAAUCCUACCAGUGCAAAGAAUGUGGCAAAAUGUUUUACUAUUCUUCAGACCUUAAGAGACACCAGAGAAUUCAUUCUGAGGAGAGGCCCUAUGAGUGUGAAGAAUGUGGCAAAGCCUUUCCCAGUCCUUCAGACGUUACUCAGCAUUCGAGAACCCAUAAGAGAAUGAAGCAGUACACCUGUGGUGAGUGUGGAGGGUGCUUUACUAUUCAGACAACAUUUUCUAACCUCCGUAAAAUUCGUCUUGAGGGAAAACCAUCUGAAUGUGAGAGAUGUCGAAAGAACUUUUAAAGGUUCUUCAUAACUUACAACACAUAAAAGUCUUCAGACAGCUUGCCUGCACGUGGGAAGGAUGUGGCAGAUGUUUUAUGUUUCAAUCAGCUCUUGCUCAACAAACAAUUCAUACCUGAGAGAAACCCUACACAUGUGCAGAAAAAGACCAAGGCAUGUCAAUCCCUCAUGUCUGUAUAAGCAUUGGAGAAUCCAUUCUGAUGAGGGAGCCUUCAGAAACAGUGUGACAAGUCAUUUACCUGUUCUUCACACCUCAA